CAAGCUGCACACUUCAUUCUUAUUAUUAGUCGCCUUUAUUUUCUAAAAUGGGUGCCUCUCUCCCUCCCAAAAUUUCUUGCAAACUUUCACACUUUCUCAUUUCCAAGUCUCCCCUGCCUUCAAAAUCUCAUCUUUGAUUGACCAUUUUCGUUGCACGCGCAUAACUCAAGUGUACGAGAUUAGCUGUUGAUUGCUUGGAUCGCCUCUAUCAAUGGGGGAAGCUCCAGCUUUCAUUGCUGAUGAUGAUGUUUCAAAUGGGCUUCUCUUGAAAUCGAAGGGCUGCGAAACAAUCAUCAACAUGGGCUGCAAUAGAACAUUUGCCAUUGGUGCAAUGGGAAAUGGAUCUGAUUCCUCCAUUGGAGUUCGGAUUUUAGAUAAAUCCACGAGCGAAUGGGUGAUCCCAACUGUGUUUGGGACGAAACCUGCCCUGUCAAAGGGACACUCGGCUAUAGUCUUGGAUGAAGAUCGGAUUUUGGUCAUCAAGGGUAACUCGACCUCAGAUGAUUGCUUUUGGUUCCUUGAGGUUAACACUGCGUUUGUGAGAGAGCAGAGAGCUCGAGUAGGGACUGAAGUGGUUGCUUGGAGUAAAGGUGUGGUGGGAGAGGCUCAAAUACCAGUUGUCAUAAGUGGUCCUUCGGGAGUUGGUAAGGGCACCCUCAUUGCCAAAUUGAUGGAGGACUUCCCAAUGAUGUUUGGGUUCUCAGUGAGCCACACCACCCGUGCUCCAAGAAACAACGAGCAGAAUGGCGUCCACUAUCAUUUCACAGAGCGUCAUGUGAUGGAGAAAGAUAUACAGGAUGGAAAGUUCCUAGAGUUUGCAGAUGUUCAUGGGAACCUCUAUGGAACCAGUGUGGAGGCGGUUGAGAUGGUUACCGACCAAGGAAAGAGAUGCAUUCUCGACAUUGAUGUUCAAGGGGCUAGAUCUGUCAAGGCUAGCUCUCUCGAGGCCAUAUUUGUCUUUAUCCGCCCUCCUUCAUUCGAGCAGCUCGAGAAACGCCUUCGUGCUAGGGGGACUGAGACAGAAGAGCAGAUCCAAAAGCGACUAAGAAAUGCUAAGAUGGAGAUUGAUCAGGGAACCUCGUCCGAGCUCUUUGAUCAUUGCUUGAUCAACGAUGAUCUGGAGAUGUGUUACGAGAAUCUUAAAAAAUUAUUAGGCCUGAAUGAUGGAAGUGGCAAAGCCACCAAGUUAUCAGUUCCAGAGACGGUCCACGUGCCUCUGGAACACACCAUCUCAAAAAUCGACAAGAAGAUCCUCAUAAACUGCACUACUCCACAGCAAGAGAAACCGGCUAACAACAUGUUUGUGCUGGACUUAUCCUCGAUCAAGAGUGGGGCCCCUGGCCGGACGAGGGGUCUAAAUUUCUAUGCGGCUGGACCAUCCAUGACCGGCACUAAUGGCUUUAAAAUGGCAAGCUAACUUCAACCUCUCUCGCCUAAACACAUUCCGUUUCCCUUAUUUUCCUUCAUAAGCUGACUUGCUUACCGAGUAGUUUGCUUACGGCUUUAUAGACAGUCGUAUGCAAUAGCUAACAUAUCACUGGUGGCAAUUCAUGAUGAUUCAUAGGGCUGUAACAUGUGAAUUCUCGUGAGGAGAAAAACGUAUAUUGAUUUCCCCAUUGUUGGGAUAUGAUAAAAAGAAAAUCAAAAUGCUUGCUUUUUAA